AUGCCCUCUCGCUGCAGGAAUGCGCUGAACAUCGUGGUCACCACCCUUUUUGCUGCGGUGGUCCUCUUCACCAUCCUGCUGGCCUAUGUCACAGGCUACCAGUUCAUCCACACUGAGCAGCACCACCUCUCCUUUGGCCUCUAUGGUGCCUUCCUCUCCCUCCACCUCUUCCUCCAGAGCCUUUUUGCCUUCCUGGAACAUCGGCGGAUGAGGAGCCCCGCCCGGCCUCAGCACCUCCGACGCUCCGUGGCCCUCUGCAUCGCUGCCUACCAGGAGGACCCAGACUACCUGAGGAAGUGCCUGCGCAGUGUCCGCCGAAUCUCCUUCCCUGGCCUGAAGGUGGUGCUGGUUGUGGAUGGGAACCGGCCCGAGGACCGCUACAUGAUGGACAUUUUCCAGGAGGUGAUGGGCGGGGCUGACCAGGCUGGCAGUAUGGUGUGGAAGGGGAACUACCACAGUGAUGGAAGUGGAGGAGUAGGUGUCAGAGGUGGAGGGAGGAGCACGGUGCACAUGGAGGAGGCAGCAAGAGUGGCUCGACUGGUCAGCGGCUGCCGCUUCUCCUGCAUCAUGCAGGAGUGGGGAGGGAAAAGAGAGGUGAUGUACACUGCCUUUAAAGCACUGGGGGACAGUGUGGAUUAUGUGCAGGUGUGUGACUCCGACACAGUUCUAGAUCCAGCAUGUACCAUAGAAAUGCUUAAGAUUCUAGAGGAAGAUCCGAUGGUGGGAGGGGUCGGUGGAGACGUGCAGAUCCUUAACAAGUACGAUUCGUGGAUCUCCUUCCUCAGCAGCGUGCGGUACUGGAUGGCCUUCAACAUUGAACGGGCCUGCCAGUCCUACUUUGGAUGCGUUCAGUGUAUCAGCGGCCCUCUGGGGAUGUACAGGAACUCCUUGCUCCAGCGCUUCCUGGAGCCCUGGUACCAUCAGACCUUUCUAGGCUCUAAGUGCAGCUUCGGUGACGACCGCCACCUCACCAAUCGAGUGCUGAGCUUUGGCUACAGGACAAAGUUCACGGCGCGAUCGCAGUGCCAGACUGAGACGCCGACCCAGUAUCUGCGUUGGCUCAACCAGCAGACUCGAUGGAGCAAGUCUUACUUCCGUGAGUGGCUCUACAACGCCCUGUGGUUCCACAAGCACAGCCUCUGGAUGACUUAUGAGUCUGUGGUCACUGGCUUCUUCCCCUUCUUCUUGGUUGCCACGGUCAUCCAUCUGUUCUACCGUGGAAGGCUGUGGAACAUCCUGCUCUUCUUACUGACCGUCCAGCUGGUUGGGAUGGUGAAGGCCACCUACGCCUGUUUCCUGCGUGGCAGCCUGGUCAUGAUCUUCAUGUCACUCUACUCUCUGCUCUACAUGUCCAGCUUGCUUCCUGCCAAAAUAUUUGCCUUGCUCACCAUCAACAAGGCUGGAUGGGGCACUUCAGGCCGCAGGAAGAUCGUGGUUAACUUAAUCGGUGCUGUGCCUGUCACAGUGUGGGCUAUGGUACUGCUCGGAGGUGUGGUGUAUACAAUCUACUGUGAAACACAGGAGCCAUUCAGUGAGACAGAGAAAGCUUUGUUGAUAGCAGGGACGAUACUCUACUCCUGCUACUGGAUCAUUCUGCUGGUGCUCUACCUGGCAAUUGUAGCCAAACGGUGUAACAAGAGGGAAGAGCAAUAUCACUUGCCAUAUGCGGAGGCAUAAACCUGUUACCAGAGGCACUGGUAGGACAUUUGUGCUGGGUUUCACUGCAGCGUGAUUCUAGCAGGGUCUCCGUUGACCUUGUGAACUGCUCGAGUGACCAGCUGUGAACCAGGAACACAAACACUUCUUCAUCACUGGUGCUAAAUAAGUGAAUCUGAAAUCUCAGCAGCAGGAUUCUAAUCCAGUUGGAGGAGACUCCAAGAUGACUGGAUCCAUACAGCUCUCCCAUUUAUAUCAUGUUCAAUGGUGCUUCACAUUGAAAAACCAAACCAAACUGACCCAGUUUAUAAAGUAAUAGAAGAACAUUAGGUAGUUUAUAGGUUAGCUGUAUAACUGUGAUGAAAGGGUGCAGUACGGUGCUUUGACUGAAUUUAAAGCACCAAACUGGAAAAUAAGACUAAGACACAUAAAGGUCUUGCUUGGUCUUCGUGUCCAUUUAAAUAAACAUGAGAUGGGAUGAAUUGUGAUGGAACUAUGAUAAACAAUAAAUAAAUAGCAAGACAAUUGUCCCAAAUGAGUCAGAUCACCUCUAUUUUAGAUAAGAAGAGGGAAUCUCAUGUUGAUUUAGACAUUGGAGUGUACUUUAAAGGUGUUCAGACAAAAAGCAAAGUACAACAGUGGUGCCGUUGCAUUGCACGAAUAAAGGUAAAUUUGUGAAGGUGGCGCAAAUGUAGGUAUAGGUUGAAAAUGUGUCAACUUGAGUAUAAAAAUGUGUGCUUUUUAAAAUCUAUUUUAAAUCUACUUUGUAAAAAAAACCAUCCUUAAUCUGAGAUUAAA